AUUGCGUCACAGGAACUGGAUGGGUUUUCUUGCGUCUGAAAAGCAUGCUACCCUCGCACUGAUGUAUCUUGGAUAAAAACGCUUAAAUACACGCGUUUCUAUCUGCAUAUUCAGACAGCCAGGUGUUGACAUCAUGUUGCUCCGCAGUCUUGUUGGUUCCCUGACUCGUCAGUGGUCCCAAUUUGCCAGAUGUGCAGCUUCCCUCUCCUUACCUGCAGUAGGAGCACAGAGAUGCCUGUCCACCAUCACAGCUGCAGCAGUGCCGUUUAGAGCAGUGGUCAACCCGAUGUUCAAGCCACACACAGCAUUCCUCUCACCGCUGCUUGGACGAUGCCAGCAGCUUCUGUGUGUUCAACCAUCUGCUGGCAUGAAGACUAAAAGCGCUCUUAAAAAACGCUGUAACGAAUGCUUUUUUGUCCGCCGCCGUGGAAGACUGUUUGUUUUUUGCAAGGCCCAUCCCAGACACAAGCAGCGGCAGGGCUGAAUUAACUCAGACCUUAAGUGUGUGUGUAUAAUUGUUUAAUUGCCAUUGGCUGCUUCACAAAUGAAGAAUCACUUAAAUGGUGUAUUGAGCAUAUGGAGAUCAUAAAGUUUCUAAUAAAUAUUGACAGGCUGAAAA